UGCCCUUCAUGGCGGAAAUUAACCUGUUGUAACUGGUUGCUGUGUUGAUCACAACCCCGAGGAAGUACUUUGUCGAAAACACAAGCCGUUCGAUAUAACCUCAUUCAUUGGCAGCCUUCCUCUUGAAGUGUUUGGGGCCAAUACAUCCUCGAGUGUCAUCAGAUGAAUCAACCUUGCGGCAAGGAGUAAGCGUGGGAGUGCUACAUGCGUCAAGCCUUAAGUCAACUUGUAGGACAGUGCUUAGCUAUAAGAAGACAAGUGGAAGACAUGCCAUGUGAACUCUGGAAGAAGUCAUUGAGUUGCACAGCACAGCACUGCUAGUGACGAGUGGCGACUCAUGUGAGUUAUGACAGUGGUGAGCCAUGGGCUGAGUCGUUAUCUUAAAAUACAGUAACUAGUGUAUUGACGCUAAACUACCGAGUCAUGCAGUUCGGGGGACGUCUGAUUGGGGUCAGGGUGAGUCACGAGUGGUGAGUGAGUGGGUGACUCGGACGAAUUUGAGGAGUCAAAACGGGUAAGCGCGAAUCAAUUAUCAGAUGUGACGUUGUGACGCAAUCAUUUGAGUCACGACCGUGAUAAGUCAGUGGAUGACUCGUGGGUGAAAGCGUGAGUCAGUUAUCAGAUAUUGACGUGUGAUAAUGCAACAUUGGGUCACGGCCGUGGUGAGUCAGUGUGGAUGACGCGUGGUGAGUCAUGGGUGGAGUUAGUUAUCUGAGAAGUGACUCCUGUGGUGACUUUUUAGGGAAAUCAAGAUCGUGGUGAGUCAGUGUGGGUGACUCGCGACACGGGUGUGAGGAGUCAUGGGUGGAGAGCGUGAAUCAGUUAUCAGUGUUGAGACUCAAGGUGGCGACGCUAUCCACAUGGAGUCAAGGUAGUAGUGAGUCAGUGUGGGUGACUCGUGGGACGUUUUUGAAGCGCCAGUUAUUUGCUCGUGUGUGUGUGUGUGUGUGUGUGUGAGAUGAGCGGAGCGCGUCAGUAAUAAUUAUUCCCGCGCUCACGCCUUGUCAGGAUCACCUCUUCUUCCUGCCCGCAAGUUGGCCCGCAACUGUCCCUGACUCCCUGUAGCCAGCCUGGGCGUGGCGUGACUUGGCGGGAAACGCUAUAACUGCCAACCCCCCCCCAGCUUCUCUCUCUGCACCAAGGGUCCAUCGGGAGCAGCAAUGGCCACUUCAACGCUGUGUCAAAGCUCACCGCUGGGGUCUCCCUCCGGCAGCCCCAGAUCCUGCCUCUACAUGCCGCGCCCCCAUUCCCUCCAGCCCAAGGCAGACUGGCGUGCUAGCUUCGCAGACACCAACAACGAGAACAGGGCGGCGGCUUACCGCGGCCUCAUGGCCACCAAGCCACUCAUCCUCCGGCAGCACAAUGGAGUCUGGCUGACUCCUCCGAAGCCAGUCCAGCCUGAGCUACAGUCCUCUGAAGAGAAAGCUACAGAGGCGUCACCUUCCAAGUCCAGACUGAGCUUGGGCCGAGUUGUCAAGGUGUUGCGGUGUCACGUGUGUCUGUCCACUGUCAAGGAGCAGCACUUCCACAACCAUCUCUUCUUUGGGGCAAUACGAUGCGAACUUUGUUUCACCAUCUGCCAGAAUUGCCGUGACCUCGAGUGGAUCAGUGCGGAAGCAGAAGUGGGGGAUAACAAAUGUCAACAUAAAUUCACAUAUUGCGAAGAUCCUUACGAAUAUCUGUUACCGCGCUUGUGUGGCAGCGAUGACCAUGAUAUGGUCGGAUCCUCGACGCUGCCCCACAACCUACGCGUAUUGCAGAACUACUUGACCAAACUAGUGGGUCUCCAACUUAGAGAGCCCUGGAGCAGCGCUCUUAGGACAUGCAAGAAGCAUCUGCUCAGGGUAUAUACAAAAUCGGAUUCAGAACCCUCAGAGGAAGUUCCUUAUCAGCAGGGUCCCCUCCCUGUGGCCAGUACCAUGGAAGACGUACACGACAGUAAAGCUUCUCAAGAAGAAAGUGAAAGGUUGAACAGUGACAUUACAGCGACGUUGGGGAGAUCCAGAAACCCCAGUCCAGCGCGGCGAGACUCCAGGGAGAGUGAGGACUCUGACGAUGGCCUCUUACUGACACAAAGCUAUGAUUUGGAGCAUCUGGAGCAAGAAGUGGAGUACGUGGAGCUGGAGGAGAACAACAGGGUGUUACUUGAGCAAGGUUUUGAGGAGAAACUAAAUUAUUCAAGGAAACCCAAGAAGCGACGCAAAACUUCCAACCACAAGAAAACCAACAGAUUGUCUGAACCUAAAAAGAGAACACCAUCCCCUAUUCAUCAAAGUCAGGAAGAAGAGAACCUAGUGAUGGAGGAGGUGGAGCUUCCUGAGGACGGCUAUUACCUGAUGGUGCGCGAGGCGGUGGAAGAAUGCCCAAUGUGCUAUGAGCCUCUUUGUCCUAGCAUGUGCACGGUCAACAUUCGAACCUUCCUCUUCACAGUGCGCUGCCCUGAGUGUAGUCUCAUCAUCUACAUGGUGCCAGACCUGCCUGAUGGAAUCAAGAUUGUUACGGAGGACAUCAAUGGGAAUGCAGGGGGGGUGCACAAGGAAUCUGGGAAGUCUAAAACGAAAACUAAUGUUAACCCGAAGCAUUUUUUUGCUCGUUGAGUCUCCGGUGAUUCAUGGGCCAUGUGAUUGUCUCCAUGGCAAUGAUGUACUCGCUGUUACCAUAAUAAACUUUUUUAUACUGUUUUGUAA